AUGCCUAUGGCUCAUCCAGUUCCCUUCAGAACGCCCGAAAUCUUCAUCCACGACACCAUCACCACCCUCCAGGCCAAACUCAACCUGACUUCCAUCCAAACCGAGAAAUUGAGGAGAUGUGUGAACACUGGCCACUACACUAUCCUGUCCUCCGACCCCGAAUCGACGUGGGCUGAUGCAGAUGUGGUGUGGAGCAACAUACCACCAGAGGAGUUGCGGGCGGUAGUUUCUCGUAUGGUGUGGAACUGCGACCAGGAGAAUGUAUUUCAACCCAACACCCCGUGGAGGAUGAAGAAACGCAGCAUCAUGGGACGACUGUACCACGUGCGCAGGGGAUGGCGGAGGAGGGAGUUGGAGAGGAGAGCUAAGGAGGAAAGGGAAGAUGCCCAAUUGGAACAGCAAGGGACCAUAUAUCAGCAGAGAGCACAGGAGGCACAGAAGAAGCAGGAGCGGAAGGAGCAGAGAGAGCAGAGAGAGCAGGAGCAGAAUAAGCAGAGAGAGCAGAGAGAGCAGAGGGAGCAGAGGGAGCAGAGGGAGCAGAAAGAGCGACAAGAACACAAAGUUCCCGAAUUGAUGCCAGGGGAUGGUAUUUGGUAUGGGAAUAGAUAUGGUCAGGGACAGCAGAAUGUUCCUGGAAGGAUGCCAGGGAAUGGGAAUUGGUAUGAGUAUAGCCAGGGAGAUCAGAAUGCUCCCGGAUGGAUGGCAGGGAAUACUUAUGGCCAGGGACAGCGGAAUAUUCCCGGAUGGACGCCAGGGAAGGAUCCUUGGUAUGGGACUGGAUAUGUCCUGGGAGAGCAGAGUGGUUGGAUGCCAGGAAAUGAUCAUCAGUAUGGGACUGGAUAUGGUCAGGGAGAACAAAAUAUUUCCGGAUGGAUGCCAGGGAACGGCAAUUGGUUUGGAAAUGGAUACAGCCAGGGAGAGCAGAAUGCUCCUAUCCAGGGAUGGAUGCCACAGAAUGAUCAUCGCUAUGGGCAUGGAUACAGCCAAGGAGAGCAGAAUGUUCCCGCAUGGAUGCCAGAGAAUAAUCAUUGGGAUGGGAAUGGAUAUGGCCAGGUUGAGCAGAAGGUCCUGGAACGGACAUGGGACGGUCAUUGGUAUGUGGAUUGA